UGGACAACUGAACCAGGAAAGCAGAACAUACAAGAACAUGAACACGAAAGAGAACAAGAACCCAAUACAACAAAGCCUGGCACCCCAACCUCUUAAGAGUUUAGAUAAAUUGAUUAUUUAUCUCUCUUCAGCUCCAGUGAGGGUUCCAUUUCUCAUCAAGUUCAAAAAGAAAAGGGUUACAUUUCUCAUUAAGUUCAAGAAAAAAGGUUACAUUUCUCAUCGAUAUGGAGUCAACCAAAUUUUCUUCUCAGCAAAACUAUCACACCCUUCUUUGGUUUCCCCUUUAUGGCCCCUUCACAUGAAGAAAAAAGACAUGUAUUAACCUCAAAGAAAUGCAGUGAACAAC